GUGUUGGAGCGAUGUGAAGGAGAGGGGGGGGGGCGCGCGCGAUGAGCUAAGCUCGAUGCGUGAUCAGCCAUGUUAGUUUUCUGUUCUGUUCACGAACGAUGAGAGAGAGGAGCCAUGGCCUUGUCAUUGAGCGGAGACGAUGAGGAAUAUGAUUCAGAGUCUGAGCAGCAGCGGGCGGCCAACAGGCCGAAGCCCAAGGUGGGGACGUCGUCGGCCGUCAAGCUGCCGUCCAAUCGCACCUCGUCCGGCGCGAGACGCCGGAGGACGCGAUGCCGCAAGUGUGAGGCGUGCCUCCGGACCGAGUGCGGCGAGUGUCACUUCUGCAAGGACAUGAAGAAGUUCGGCGGGCCGGGGCGCAUGAAGCAGUCGUGCAUCAUGAGACAGUGCAUUGCUCCGGUUCUGCCUCACACAGCGGUGUGUGUUGUGUGCAAAGAGGCAGGCAAGGAGGACACACUGGAGGAAGAGGAGGACAAGUUCAACUUCAUGCUGAUGGAGUGCUCUAUCUGCAACGAGAUCGUCCAUCCCAACUGUCUCAAGGUGAGCGAUGCCUCGGGGGUGGUGAACGAUGAACUCCCCAACUGCUGGGAAUGUCCCAAAUGCAACCACGCUGGGAAAAGUGGAAAAGUAUUGAAGCAAAAAAGGGGUCCGGGGUUCAAGUACGCCUCCAACCUCCCCGGCUCUCUGCUGAGGGAACAGAAGCCUGUGAAGGAGGAGGUGGGGGACGCUUGUUCUGCAGCCAAGAGGAGACCCGACCGAGAGGAGACGCCCAGGUUCCGACCCGAGGAGUCUCUCCACCGGCAGCCGCCGCUGCUCUCUCCCAGCAACCUGCCGCGGCCACGGCCCGAGGACAAGCUGAGGAAGAAGAGGAAGCUGUUUGACGACGACGAGGAAGAGGACCUCGGUUUGAGGAAGAAGGAAAAGUCGGACGAUCCUUAUUUUUCCAAACUUCUGCACCAGAUCAAGACCGAAGAGGAGGACGACGACGCGUAUUACGAGGAGGAGGAUGAGGAGGGACGGGGGCCUCCCUACCGGGGCGUCGGCGAGAGGAAAGGGCCCUUUGGAGACACCGAAGAAGAAGGGGAUGAAAAGGACUCCAAGAAUGCACUUUUGAAUCCCUGCAUUAAAACCCCCGUCGGGGACAGCGACCAGUCCCUGUGCAGCUCCCCGCAGGCCGGCCCCAGCAGCGAGGCCGGGAGUGAGACCCAGGAAAAAGGGCCGUGUCCUAAAGCUCGCCGCAAGCGCCGCCUGCCUAACAGAGAGCUGAGCCGAGAGCUGAGCAAAGCCCUGAACCAGGAAAUCCAGAAGACGGAGGACUGCCUGGCCAACGAGAACCGGCAGCCCCUCAAGGUGGAGCCGGAGACGGAAAACGAGGAGCCCAAGAGGCUGUUCCGCAACGGCAUCGAGCUCGGGGAUCAGAGGCCCCACCUCAAGGCCAAGGAGAUGAACGGGACCCCCUGGGAGCUGCGCCACUUCUACCCGAGUCAGAUCACUCCGCUGGGCUUCAACAGGAGCACGCCGACCAACCGGCCGGUGCCCCCGCACUCGCCGCCCAAGUGCGUCCAAAUGGAGCGGCACGUCAUUCGGCCCCCGCCGAUAAGCCCGCCUCCCGACAGACUGCCCCUGAGGGACGGUAAAACGCACGUCAUACAGCGCGAGGUCUGGAUGAAGAUCUUCGGCUACCUGGCGCACCAGGAGCUGUGUGUCUGCAUGAGGGUUUGCAAGACGUGGAACAGAUGGUGUUGUGAUAAGAGACUUUGGACAAAGAUUGACCUGAACCGCUGCACCUCCAUCACUCCACUCAUGCUGAGUGGGAUAAUCCGGCGACAGCCCCUUUCUCUGGACCUCAGCUGGACCAACAUUUCCAAGAAACAAUUAAGCUGGCUUAUAAAUAGAUUGCCAGGUUUGCGGGUGUUGCGGUUAUCGGGGUGUUCGUGGGCAGCUGUGUCCGCGCUCUGCACCUCCAGCUGCCCCCUGCUGCGCACCUUGGACGUCCAGUGGGUGGAGGGACUUAAAGACCCACAGAUGAGGGACCUCCUGUCGCCCCCCACAGACAACAGACCAGGUCAGCUGGACAACCGCUGCAAGCUGCGCAACGUGGAGGACCUGAGGCUGGCCGGGCUGGACAUCACCGACACGUCUCUACGUCUCAUCAGUCGGCAGAUGCCCUCCCUGUCCAUGCUGGACCUGAGCUACUGCAACCAUAUCAAUGACCAGUCUGUCAACCUGCUGACAGCAGCAGGGACCACGACCAGAGACUCCCUCACAGAUAUCAACCUUUCAGUUUGUAACCGCGUCACAGACCAUUCCCUGAACUUUUUUAAGCGCUGCGGAAGCAUCUGUCAGAUCGACCUUCGCUUCUGCAAGCAGGUGACCAAGACGGCCUGCGAAAGGUUCAUCGCGGAGAUGUCUGUAAGCGUCCCGUUUAGACUGAAAGAGGACAAACUCCUGCAGAAGACCAGCUAGUUCCUACCAGGACACACAUUUAUGAAAGACUGUCUUUGCACUUAAAGGAACACGUUUAUUUUCUUCUUAAACUGGUCCCUGUGUUGGGUUUCUGAAUCAAUGUUACAGUAAACAAACCGCAGUUUGAGACAGAUUUCUGGAUGGAGAUCUUCGAUGGACUUAAGGAGGUGACAGACAUUCACUGGACGGACAGAGAGGAGACAGCAUGCAUGCAUUUGUGUUGCGAUUGUACUUUUUAUAAAGACGUGCUUGUAUUUGAGUUGUUUUAUUUUUUAUUCUUUAAUUAUUUGAAAACACAGCAAUUUUAUACAAGCAGAAUUUCACGAGUUUCAGCGUCUCGGAGACGAGCGGAGAGACUGCAUGGCAUGUGAACAGAAAAUUGUCCCCUUCCUCAGUUUGCUUUCAUACACGUCUUCUAUGUGCCAAAAUCUGUAUUGGACAUUAAUGUAACUUUAGUAUCUGAGAAAUAAGCUGUACAGAAAUAAAUAUGAUUAAAUUAUCAUAACUACAUCCAGAAUAUAUAGAAUGUAUUUCAAGAAUGAUUAAACAAAGCUAUCAAACUGCAUAUGUCCGUUACACCCUCAUGUCUUCACUUACCUUAAUACUUUUAGCAAUUGUUGAGUGUUGUGUUUAACAUGCUUUUCUUCAGCAUUUCAACAUUAACUUAUUCAUGUCUUUUUACAUUCUAUUUAUUCGUGUAUUAAGUAACACAUGGAUCUUUCAGAGUUGGGUCAAAUAAUGCGUUCAAAUAUUUUAUUGAGUGUUUUAAGCCAGCCAACAACCCAAAAGUAGGCGUCAACCAUAGCAAACGUGUGACUGGCGGUUGACCUUAAGAUCUAUAACGCAGUCAUCCAAACAUAUUUGACAAUUUACAUUUAACAAAUUUGGAUAUGUUUAAAUAAUGACUCCAUAAAGUUGGUGUGUGUGUAUCUUGGAGUGUGUUGUGCUGUACCCACUUCAGGUGGAGGUGAUACUGUUUAUAUUUGUAAAUCUAAAAAGUGCUAAUAUGCAUUAAAAUAAUUUCAUUUGUA